UUACUCGGGCAGGCUUUGAUAGAUCUAUGGUCGGGGCUCGCCGCGAGAUUCAUGAGAAGAGAAGAUGAAAAUCUUCUCCCUUUUCCUUUAUGGAGACUAAUUCUAUUUUACUUUUCUGUUUUGAUGUUUAUAAGCUUUUUAUUUAUUAUGGCAUGUUCAUACCAUACCAAACCCAAAAUGGUUCAGUUCGGUGUUCGAACAUCGCCUGCCUGAAAGACAGCAACCAAUCAGCUGCCUCUUUUCUUUUUUUUCCCUUUUUUUUCCCCCCUUUCUCUAUAAGAAGAAGCUCUGCUCCACCUUCACCCAUCUCUCUCUCUCUCUGUGAGCAGCUUAGCUUCCAUUCUUGAGAGCAGUCUAUAGCCCAAUAGUAAUAUUAACCGCUCAUCAUUGCCCCAAGAAGUGCAAGUUUUCCCACUGUUUCUAAUUAUUUGCAUUUCAUGACUACUUCAGCAUUUGAUUGAGGCAGUACAAAGUUUUGUGUUUUUGAGCGAAAGGGGUUAAUCGGCUGAGUACCGAGUAUCGACGAGCUGCAUUAUUCAACGUUUCCUUAUUCCUUCGGUUUUGGGUUAGUUCUGAGCAAGCUCUCUACCGAUGGACCUCCCACUUAACAACGGCAAUAAGAAAACUCUUAGCAGAUUAGGCAGCAGUUCGAGGUUGUCCCCCCACCACCAGCCAUUACCUGCUGGGGUACCUCCUCUACCUAGCAAGUACAAGGCGUUUCCUCAGAAGAAGCCCGAGAGAUUGGAAGAUGUACGCUCUAACGGGUGGCUGGACGCCAUGAAGUCCUCCUCUCCCACUUGCGCGUACCUCAUCAAGGAUUUUACAGUUGGGAUCACUUCGGAUGAUGCCAGUAUUGCUUACAGUAUCUGGAUGCGUAAGUAUCCAUCGGCAAUCAAGUCGAUCAAGCAGAUCAUGGAGCUUGCAUACAACAGGAAGAUAGCAGUAUUUCUUGACUAUGAUGGGACUCUUUCCCCGAUCGUAGAUGACCCAGAUAGAGCCUUCAUGUCUGAUGAAAUGCAUCUCGCAGUGAAAAACAUAGCGACGUACUUCCCGACCGCGAUUAUCAGCGGAAGAAGCUGUGAUAAGGUUUACGAGUUGGUAGGACUAACCGAACUUUAUUAUGCGGGUAGCCACGGGAUGGACAUUAUGGGCCCUGUCAGCAACAGCAUGACUGAUGACUAUCUUAAGUGUGCCAAACCAACUAACCAGCGACAGGGCAAUGAAGUAGGACUGCUCCAGCCUGCGAGAGAUUUUUUACCCAUGAUCGACGAGGCUUUUAGAACCCUUGCCGAGAAGACGAAGGAUAUUGAGGGCGUAAAAGUCGAGAAUCAUAAAUUUUGUGCGUCUGUACACUAUCGUAACGUAGACGAAAGGGAUUGGCCUAGUGUUGCUCAAUGCGUCCAUGACAUACUAGAGGAUUAUCCUCAUCUAAAGAUAACUCAUGGGCGGAAGGUUUUAGAGGUCCGGCCGGUUAUUGACUGGAACAAGGGAAAUGCAGUUGAAUUCCUUCUCAAUUCACUCGGUAUGAAUGAUUGUGCUGAUGUACUCCCAAUAUAUAUUGGGGAUGAUAAAACUGAUGAAGAUGCAUUUAAGGUCUUGAGAGAAAGGGGUUGUGGCUUCGGUAUUUUGGUGUCUUCAGUCCCCAAGGAAACGAAUGCAUCAUACUCAGUUAAGGACACGUCUGAGGUGAUGGAGUUUCUGAAGUUGCUUGUCAGUUGGAAGAAGAUAGAAAGUGUGUGAAAAUACCGAAGGCAGAGCAUACAUCAAGGUUUUAAGUAGGGUAGUAUACAGAAGACAUUGAAUUUGCUAAUUAUUGGUUGGUUUAAAUGUUCAUCUCCAAUAAUUUCACAUGUUUUCAUUCUCGAUAAAAAUGAAACUAAGAUCGACUUUUUGUAAUGCUGAAUCAUAAAAAGUCGAUUUAACAUUAUACAUUGUCCGAAGGAGAUGAUAGAACAGUGGAUUGUGGAAGUUGCCGUGCAGCCGGGCCAUGGAAUAAUAAUUUCUUCGAGUCCAGAGGGAUGUCUUUCCUUUCCUUCACAAUAGGGCGUUGCUUCUGUUCAGACGUUCUUUGCUUUCCUUUCUAUUUUCAACAAGAUUACAUGGUGUCUUCA